CUACGUGCAUCAUCGUUCUCGUUGGUAAUGGCUUCUUGGAAGAAAACCAUAACUUCUCCUAUUAGAAAGGCUUGCACAAUCUUCAACCAACACCCGAGAGACUCGAAGAAGUCCCACUCCGACUCCGACUCAGAGCAAGAGAAGCGAGUAGACGUGAGAGACCUGCAAGGAGAGGUGAUGGCAUGUGGGUAUGAAGACGUGCAAGUUAUGUGGUCUAUUUUAGACAAGACUAACUCUACUACUACCGCCGCCGCCGCCACCACCUCCACCGUCUAUAAUGUGUCUUCUUAAUCAUCGUCGUGGUGGUCGCCGUUGUCUCGGCCGUGGCCAAAAGAUUGUAGAUAACUCUUUUUCUCUAUUUCUCAAUCAGUUAUGAUUUCGUUUUGUUUAUAGGGAAGGAAUGAAUCCCCAUGAUUUGAAGAAGCUCUUAAUCAUGGUGAGACUUAUUACUCUUAGUUAAUGUAAAAAUGAAAUCUCUUUCCUCGUGGGAAAUGGAACCUCAUCUUUCUCGGUA